AUGUCGGACGAGAACUCCCUGGAGCAGGUACGCUCCAAUCAAAGCGGCGAUCCUAUCGAGAAGCUGCCUGCAUUGACAACUGCAGACAGCGUUAGCAUGUCGUUAGACCAGUCUGUAAGGACUUUCAGACUUUUUGAGAUCCUGCGGAGUGGGGAUACAACCGCGAUAUCAAAAGCUAUUAAAGAGACUAAAGAUCCCCAGGGAGCAAACAGUCUCUCCGGAACGACUAUGCUCCAUUUAGCGAUCCAAUGCGCCGAACCACAAGUUGUCGAAUACAUUCUUUCCAGCGGCUAUGAACUUGAUAUCAACGCGCGCGAUAGGGAUGGCAAUACGCCACUCCACCUCGCCGCCCAGCUCGGAAGAGGAUCACUAGUUCGUGAGCUACUAAGUCGUCCUUCUCUCAAUGACUCAGUUGUCAACUACCGUGGCCAAACAGCUUUAGAUGUUGCCCGCACCCCGGAGAUCUUUCAACAGCUUCAGCUUGCACGAUCCCUUUUCAUUGACAGCAAGUCACAAGAAAUCCAGUCACUCAUCUCCCAGGGUGACUAUGAGCAGCUAGAGAAGGUACUCGAAGAGCCACGGGUUGAAGGAAUCAUGGAUAUUAAUAGUUUGGACCUGGUCACUGAUACUGCUACUGUUCAGUCUGGAGGCACUCUGCUGCAUGAGGGCGCCAGGAGGAAAGAUACGAAACUCAUUCAGUUAUUACUGAUGCAUGGGGCAGAUCCAUUUCGCCGCGACAAAAAGGGUAAAUUGCCACAGGAUGUCACAAAGGACGACAGGACACGUGCAAUAGUCAAAAAGUCUCCUGCUGCUGUCAUUGCUCAGCGCGGCAUACAAGAGAAGGCUAUUCUUGGGGCCAAUUCGGGCCAAGGCGUUUCGGGCCGAGCCAGCGUAGGGGAGGCACCUUUUGCGGGAAAGGAUUCUCGCGAAAUGAGAGGAUACUUGAAGAAAUGGACAAACUACACUAGUGGUUAUAAACUGCGGUGGUUUGUGCUUGAAGACGGCGUUCUUAGCUAUUAUAAGCAUCAAGAUGACGCCGGGUCUGCAUGUCGUGGUGCGAUUAAUAUGAAAAUCGCUAAACUCAACAUGGACUCGCAAGACAAGACGCGAUUUGAAAUUCAUGGCAAAUCAUCCGUCAAAUACCAUCUCAAAGCUAAUCAUGUUGUCGAGGCAAAGCGUUGGUUCUGGACUCUCAAUAAUGCUAUACAGUGGGCAAAAGAUGAGGCAAAAGAGGAAGAAAGACGCCAGUCUCGGCAUGCCGAGGUGUUCCGUCAAGCCAAGAUUGAACAAAUUGAGGGACGAACAGCUGAUAGCUCAUCCGACUCACCCUGCCUCGCUGCUACCAAGUCUAGCGGGAAGGGCCUUACUACCCCAUCUCUAGGUAUUCCAGGUAGUAGUGCGACAAGACUUAGCGCGCAUGCGUCUCGCACAACGCUGGAGAGCAUACCCGCAGAUGAGGAAGGCUCUUUCCAAGGAUCAUACGACCAGGGUGUUCUGCAAAAUGAGGUAAAUCGGGUGGCCAGCCAUGUAACCACUGCGCCUGAAGGCGAGGGUGAUGAUGAGGAUUAUGGUGACUAUGCAUCCAGCCGUGAGGUGCCAAUGGCUGAUAAAGACGCCCUGAACAUCACUGCACAGUCUGCAAAUCUUCAACUUGAUAUCCUCGCGAAUGUAGCGUCCUCACUACAAACUGAGAAGUCGAGGAACCCAGGCUUGUCGCUUGCGGACUCGGCGGUUGAUCAAGCACUCGCUGCUUAUGAAGCAGCUGUGAGUAGUCUCCAGGCGCUAGUACAAAAUCUCCUCAAGAUAUCCCGGGAUCGCGAUGCCUACUGGCAGUACCGAUUGAAUAGGGAAGCACAACUCCGUAAGAUGUGGGAAGAAAGUAUGGCACGAGUUGCACAGGAACAUGAAGAGUUACAAUCAAAGAUGGGAGAAUCUGAGGAGAAGCGCCGACGUACGAAGCGUGCCCUCAAGGAAGCCCUAGAGAUCUCGUCAGCAACCACUAGUUUUGCUGUCAGUAAAGCGCCAUCUCGUAUGGCAUCUACAGGUGAAGAAGGUGAUAGGGCUGAUGAGCGGAUGGAGGCACAUGCUCCAGGAGCCGACAAUCUAUCUCAGGCUGAUGAGCAAGAAGCCGGGCGACCCCUUCGGCGUAAGAAGUCGACUCUUUCUCAGAUCAGUGAUCUAUGUGAUUCGGCAUCUGAUAGCGAGGACGAAUUCUUCGAUGCGAUUGACUCCGGGGAGAUUGAAGUGGAGAACUUAGCACAUACAGAAGCAAGUACUGAAAAGGAUAAAUCGGUGGGAGAAAGGACCGAAUUGCGGGCCAUAAAACGGCUGGAAAUAGCACCAUCGUUCAAAGGAUAUGAGGAGCCCAUCAGAACGAAACUCAAGAUGGAUGAUGAUAAUCGACCAAAAAUCUCCUUGUGGGGUAUUCUGAAAUCGAUGAUUGGAAAAGACAUGACCAAGAUGACUUUGCCGGUUUCCUUCAACGAACCCACGUCAUUGCUACAACGUGUGGCUGAAGAUUUGGAGUAUGCGGAUCUUCUUGACGUGGCUGCUGAUCGAUCUGAUUCAAUGGAACGCAUGGUGUAUGUCGCUGCCUAUGCGGCGAGUGAGUACGCCUCGACAAUCGGCCGUGUUGCCAAACCGUUCAACCCUCUUCUGGGGGAGACGUUUGAGUAUGUCAGGCCCGAUAAAGGCUACCGGUUCUUUGUUGAGCAAGUCAGCCACCACCCACCGAUUGGUGCUGCAUGGGCGGAAUCGCCAAAGUGGGAUUAUUAUGGCGAAUCAGCCAUCAAGUCCAAGUUCUACGGGAAAUCCUUCGAUAUCAACCUUCUUGGAACCUGGUUCCUUAAGUUACGCCCUGCUUCGGGAGGCGAAGAACUCUACACAUGGAAAAAAGUCACCUCGUCUGUCAUUGGCAUUAUUACUGGUAACCCGACAGUUGACAACUAUGGGUUAAUGGAGAUCAAGAAUUGGACGACCGGCGAGGCCUGCUACCUUGAUUUCAAGCCAAGGGGCUGGAAAGCCUCGUCUGCCUAUCAGGUGGCUGGUAAGAUUGUAGACAAGGGCGGAUCUCCGAAAUGGAGCAUUGGGGGCCGUUGGAACGACAAGAUUUUUGCUCGCCAUACUCCUGGAUAUGAGGUGGACGUAUCCAGUCAGGAUCCGGACUCGUCUAAGACGUUUCUGGUAUGGCAAAGCCACUCCCGCCCAAGUGGUAUCCCGUUCAAUUUAACGCCUUUCGUCAUCACAUUGAAUGCCCUUCCGGAAGGUCUGAAACAGUAUCUCCCCCCAACCGAUACCCGACUUCGACCCGACCAACGUGCAAUGGAGGAGGGGGAAUAUGACAUUGCCGCUAACGAAAAGCAUCGAGUCGAAGAAAAGCAACGAGCCAAACGAAGAGAGAGGGAGACAAAAGGAGAAGAGUACCAGCCGAAGUUCUUCAUUCGGAAAAAGUGCCCGAUCACUACAACCAUCACAAUGACUGGCGAAUAUACCUGUGGACGUUGUCUACAGGUGCUCCGGCGAAGGGCUGCGGCUCAUGGUCCUGUGAUCCGAUUACAGACGGCAUAUAACUCAAGGCAGAUAUACAGGCCAUCGGCCUUCCUCGUGCGAAGCUUUGGUUCACGAAGCGGCAGUCGCUUCAUCUCCAAAAAUUUUCAAGGCCAUACCAAACGGGCUGCUACACCUUCGCCUUGUAAUUCCACUGCUGUACCACACAACGUUCCGCAAAGUGUACAGCGGGCCACGUCCGCAACGUCUACUUACUCGCCAGAAACGCGUGCUUUGCUGCAGCCAAACAACUUGUUCCAUCAUUUUUCUCAGUCACCUUCACCUUCGAUUCGGCAACGUGCUGCGUUUAUUAAACAAAACGCCUUUUGCCCUCACCCGAGUCACCAACAGACCCGUACGCCAGUCUCCCCACACGACCCCGAGUCGCGAAAGAACCAGCAAAGCACGAGUCCCCCAGCCCAUUCGCACUUCGAAUGCCCUGACUGCGGUGUCCCAAUCUACUGCUCAGAGGGACAUUGGAUGGAUGACUUUGAGGCACAUUUGGAGAUUUGUGAGACCAUUAGACAGAUAAAUGAGGAUGAUCACGACCUCCACUCUGGUCGAUUUUUCCCCGAAUUCUCUUAUCCGGGCCUUCAGGAUGAUAACUUCGUGAUCAACAUGACGAACUGGGACACAUUUUUGUAUACGCGAGAGUUUGAUGCGAUAAACCACGAUCGGAGUAUGCGACAAGUGACUAGGAUGCUCACCUACCCUCUUACCAUUGGGAGUGUCUUGCACGAGCUGAGCCCUUACAGCGUUCGGAAAGGUGGGAGACUUACAGUCGAGGGACUGAAGAGUGUGAGCGCGCUUCGAUACACUCUGCACCCUCCCAAGACUGGAGAAGGAGUUGAUAUUCAAGGACUGCGCUUGAAGGCCCCACCUGUUAGGGUAUUCAUUCUGGGGGCGCGCGCCGAAUCUUCUUUACCUCGUGAAGUCUGGCUUCAGCUCAGUUACAUCUUCCCACGAUCCCUCAUCCAUUUGAUUUUCAUUGGACCAGAGAGUAUGGCCAACCGAGACACUGAGUUCCCACUUCCCGAACGGACGCCCGAGAACCCUUUUGGAGGGAUUGUGGAAGAUAGACUUGGCGGGCAACUGAAGAUUACAACAUACGUCGACUACUUCCACACAAUGUACAAAGCGCAAUAUUUCCAGCCGUUCGACCCAUAUUUAGACUGUAUCAUGCUCUUCCACCCUGGUCUCGGGCAUCCUGCCAGCUCCCAUGAAUGGGAAGAAACACUACCACAACUACUAGAGACAAAAGUCCCCAUUAUCAGCACUGGCUAUACGCAGUGGGAUAUGGAGAGGGAUAUCAGUUGGGUCCAUGAGAAAUGUGCCGGUGAAUUUGAUAUCUUGUUGGAACCAGGCGAAAAUAUCUUUCGCAGUCUGAGGUGGGACCUUAAUGACUUGGAUCCUCAUGAUGUUUCCUGCGGAAACUGGGGGUUAUGGGCAUUUAGAGGGAAGAGAUACGAGGCGACGUUCAAGGGUUAA